AUGAUACGACCAACUCUCCUCUCCGCCAUCCGCCUCAAUGCCCUCCAUAGCAGCUCCAAACGCGCCUUCUCCCUCCUAAACCCCACGUCGCGCUCGCACACCAACCGCAUCUUCGACCCCAUCCGCCAACCCAACGAUCUGCAUACACUCACACUCCUCAACGCAUCCGACAACCGCUCACUAAUAACCUUCUGGACCGCAACGUGGUGUCAAACCUGCCAAGCCAUCAAGCCGCUCAUCCGCCAACUCAUCGAAGAAGAAAAGAUUGGGGAGCGGGAAGGCGGACUGGGCUUUGUGGAAGUGUUGAUGGACAGCACGUUGAUUGAGGACUUGCCUAUAAAAUACCGCAUCAGUAGUAUGCCGACGCUAUUGGCGUUUUCAAGACAGGAGGCGCAAUUUGAUACGAGGUUGACGCGGCCCGAGGAGAUGCGGAAUAAGGACUUUUUGAGGGAGUGGUUGGUCAGGGAGGCGCAGAGGGGAGGGAGGAUGGGCGGUGGUGGGGGCAAUCAAGACUACGAGGCCGCCAUCGUGAAGGGUACUAGGCUGCUCCAGAUCCUGGCCGCGAAGGAUAAGACACAAGUUCAAAGCGCAUAUGAGGAGGUACAAGAACUAGCCCAACAUGGCUAUCUUCUAAAGCCUCAAGACAAAUUCUUUGAAAUCGACUGUAUUGCCGACGCGCUCUGCGAUCUAGGUGUCAGCGACAAAAUGGUGUAUGAUGGCGGAGAGAACAUGAGAACACACCAUGUGCAUGACCGCGACGGAGCAGAAGCGACAGAAGACGAUACAACAACACAUGGCUACUUUUCUCAAGUCAGCAACCCUUACGCUGGUGUCUUGAUCGCAGACAGUAAUCUCAGUCCCGCGCAUGCAGCAAAAUUCGAUGACGAAGGAGAUGAUAAAGCUACAGAACUACCGUCACUGCGAUACUGGUCAGACGUAGCGUUUCUACAAUACCUUUCUUCUUUCCCCGAACCACCUAUACGGCCGAUCCCGCUCAAUUACGUCUUCCGCGUUCAGAUACAGAAUGCUGAGACGUCUCUGGUGCUCAAUAAGAUUAUCAGUAACCCUGUUACGUUUACAUACGAGAUGUGGCCUGGUAUCACGUUCGGAAUGGACACUGAAGAAGGGAAGGCGAUCUUAGGGACGCCGAAUGGUUGUGGUGUCGCUUGGAUGCUUAUUCAACAUAGUAAGACGUUUGGAGAGAAGAAUAUUGAGAAGGUGACUUUGUUUCAUGCGGCAAAGAAGGAUGAUUUGUUUAGAUGGCCGACUUUGCUGUUUUGGAUUGUGUAG